GAGGUCGUCUGGCCCGCCGCGAAGCAAAUCAGCCUCAUCGACUCCAUCUUCCGCAACUUCUACAUCCCACCAAUCAUAUUCGCUGUGCAGCAGGACGACGAGGGUGCGGAGAAGCGGGUGUGCAUCGACGGGAAGCAGCGGCUGACUUCUAUACUGCUGUUCAUGGACGGUAUGAUCCCACACAAAGACCCCCUGACAGGUGACAAGAUAUGGUACAUCGACAACCCCGCGUACAAGAUGAGGAUGGCCAAGAAGUUGCUGCCCGAGAGAUACAAAAAGAUGUUUCAGAACAAGGCGAUCGUGUGCGUCGAGUACACGGAUCUGACGCCUGAAGACGAGAGAGAGAUAUUCAAGCGCGUGCAACUGGGUGUUGCGCUUACACCAGCUGAAAAACUACGCGUACUGACCUCUCCGCGAGCCGACUUUCUUCGCGAAAUUCAGGAGAACUUCCUCAACAACGAAGACUCGAGUAUGUGCCGCGCGUCCUUCGAGUGGGACCGCAGCCGCGGCUCCGACUACCGCUGUCUGGCGCAGAUGUUCCACUGCAUCGCGGCGUCUCCCAAGGCCUCAAGCAUGCCGCAGAUGGAGAAGUGGCUUUCGCAGGAGGCUCCGCUAGCCAAGCCGUUCCGGGUGGACAUCGAAAACACAUUCAAGGUGUACGAGGCGUUGGUGAGACUCGGCGUGCUCAAUAAGGUGUCCCCCAUCGAGUUCAUCACGAUCGGCAUCCUCAUCUUCCGCACCAAAGACGCGCUGACGUUGGCCAAUCUGGGGGCCGCGGUCACCGCCAUGCGCGCAGAUGUGCGUUCGAAGCAUAGCGACAUCCGGAACAACAACGCGGUAUACGGGACUAUGCGCAAAUUUAUCGAGUCGUACCAGGGACCAGCACUGGGUCACGGGGAGCUGUCGGCCCAAGAUUCCGUGCUGCAGGGCGCGGGCAAGACGGCACUGGGCUCCAAACGCAAAGCAGCCAGGCCGCUCGAAAGCGAUGCCGAAGAGGCAGCGGAAGAUUCUGACGCCGACUACGUCCCCGCGCAAAAGCCCUCAGCUCCGAAAAAGCGAGCGGCCAAGACGACGAAGUCACCGAUGACGCCGCCGAUGUCGAUGACGCCUCCGUCCGCCGUCGCGGCGCCGUCUGUCGUCGAUGUCAUACGGCAAGCGAAGGAGAAGAUCCGCGCGCAGGCAACUGCGGCUUCAGCUUCAGCUUCGGCUUCGGCUUCGGCUUCGGCUACAUCAGCGGCAACGGCCAAUACGAGCGCUAGCCACCCGCCACGACCGCCGCCGCCGUCCCUCGCGCUGCCAAGACGACCAGAAGGCGCACUCCCCCCCUCGUCGCAGCAGCAGAGUGCCAACACCGUCGCCGCGGCGCUGGAGGCGAACCUUAUGUCGGGCACCGGGCCGCGCAGGAUCAAGGUCGAGCCGGGGUCGAGCCACCCGCCUUGGUCCCCCGCCAGCGGCAGAGAGCGGUGGGACAGGCCCGAGCAUGAGCACAAGUACACGGCCCUGUCGACGCCGCACGCGCCAUAUGCGCACGAUUCUGGCAGGGCCAGGCAGCCGCCGCCGCCGCCGCCGCCAUCGAGCAGGGAUCGGGAGCAGGACCGGCGGUCCUAUGACAGUCGCGACUACCGGGACCGCGAUCGCAAUUGGCGGUAGCUGCUGAUACAUAUUGGUUGUUUUAGUUUUUUAUAAUGUGCUCGCAGUUUCUGUGAAUUGCGGGUGUAAGAUAUGCAGACGUUUAAUGAGUUGGUACGCUAGUGACUGAGUAUCACCGUACAUGUUUUGUUUGUUCAGACGAUGACUUUCGGACCGGAGAAACCCUCCUGCGCCAGAGCCUUUUAACUUUUCUGCAUCUCCCCCGUCCAUCCAUCCUCUCGACGACUUCAACCGCAUCCGGUCCCCCAUCAUCACACAUGGACACUAUGAGAAUCGCCAACGAAAACCUGGCCAGCAUCGCAACCGCGCUGGGCUGCACGAGCACGUCGACGGUCGUCCCGCUCGACAGAUUCCAAAACGCAAUCUGCAAGAAAUCGUAGCCAGCGGCCAAGCACGCGACCUCGACUGCGUCGCACGUCGUCUGCAAUUACCGUGUCCGACGCCACCGCUGGGUCAAACUGCAUAUGCGAGAACCAAUCAGCCGCUGGAUCAUGUCCGCUUUGUUGACCUAGGCGCAGUCCGCCAGAGGCAGCAGGUCCAUGGACACGGCAUAGAAAUCGGUGAUCAUGUCCCACGAAGUGCAUGGCAUGUUGAAAGGAGGUGCUGCUCGAACCGGGCAGCAUCCUGCGUGCAGAGGC